CACCGGUAGAUUUAUUAUGGUUGCGUCUCCUCCGUGCGCCGAGCGUCCUGCGUCCGCGGCUCUGAUUGGCCGGCUGGGUGGAGAGCUCCACAGCGCCGCGCCGCUCCGGGAUCCUCUGGCGCAGAGAGAAAGCGCAGCUUGGCCGCCAGCGAGCAGCGAGCACCGAGCACCGGCUGGGAGGGCAGAUGAUGUUGUGAUGUGAUCCAAUACGGGCGGCCGGCUGCAGCUACGGGCGGACUGGCUCUUAUAAGCGGCUGUCGACCUCGGCCCCUGCUCACUAGUGUGUGUCUGGGUAUGUGUGUGUGAGUGUGUGUGUGUGUGCGUGCGUGUGUGUCGUCGUGGGAGCGGAGGCGCAGAAGCCCGGAGGCUGACCGAAGCGGUGACCUUCACUCGGGUCUGUAAACAAGCUCCAUCACAGCAGUGUAUUCCCAGUCAGCCAUGACGUCAGUGCAAACUCCUCCCCUCUCCCGCUCUGGCUCCUCACCCUCAAAUGUGGGUCUGGCCAAUCGCAGCGGGCCCUCCUCCACCCCGCCCACCUCCCUCAGCCUUCGUUCGUCAUACAACCAGCUGCUUGGGCGCGAUGUCAUCAAGGAGUCCAUGGAAACCGGAAGUUCUGCCACUUUGCCAAAGAGCCGUCAGCGGUACACAAUGACCAGUGUGCGGAGCGUCAUGGGGAUAAGUGACAACUUGGCUUUGUCAUCUAAAAACCAACCUGUGACCCGAGGUAGAGGCCUCCCCACCAAGUCCUCCUCAAGUUCAGCCCUCUACUCCUCUUCUUCCUCCUCCUCGCUGUUUAAUGCAACCAACCCCAAACUGGCCAAGAAUGGGGCCAACAUGCAGAGACGAGCUGAGAGCCAGCAGCUGGAGCUGAGUAGGGCCAAUACAGAGGGCAAAAUACACAACGAUCUCAUCAAUAACCCCACUUCUGACUGGCUAGAAUUUGGGAAAGACAACUCACAGCAGCCCCUCUUCCGCAGAAGGACCAAGAGCUUCUUGGAGUAUCAUGGGAAGGGCUGGGAUCUAGAUUUCAACUGGGGAAACAAGGAGGACAAGGAGGAGAAGAAGCAGCAGCCUUCUCCAGAGAAGGAGCAGGCUAGCCCUGCCAAGGAGAGGGAGAGCCAGAAGGAGGAAAAACCCAACAGCAAGCAGACCUGCCAGGAAGAGAAGGAGGAGGUGGAGCCAGUGGUGGAGGAGGAGGAGGAGGAGGAAGAGGAAGAUGACCCCACACCCACGCCAAGACAGCCUCUGCUGCCAGUGGUGGUGGAAGCCCCACUUUCCUCCACUUCCUCUUCUUCCACCAACAGUCCAGAGUGGGUCCCAGACAACCAUGGCCAGCUACAGAACCAGGCUCCAGCCCAGGUCAGGGAGGAGCUCUGUGUCCAGGUUCAGGCUAGUCCACGAAGUCCUGCGAAGCCCCCUCGCAGCUCCCAGCCCCGGGUGAUCAAGGUGGAGCUGCACCCCAACAAUGAGAACCAAUUUCUGCAACAGUACCCACCUUCCUCUCCCAGACAGGCCCGGGCUGCAGAGAGGAACACACCUACCCGAACCCGAGCUCCUCCGACCCUACCAGAUCCUGAAACAGAGACUGGGCUCCCUAAAGUAGGUUUAAGAAUGGACCUGACACCUGACACUCCAUCAGAGGAUGAAGACUCCAGCUGGACUACCCUGUCCCAGGAGACGCCGUCUCCUCAGACUCCACAAGAGACAGCAGAUAUAUGGAGUGAGGGGGACCUACCUCCAGGCUGGCGGGAGAUCUCAGAUUCAUCAGAGGUCUAUUUCUGGCACGUCCCCACUGGCACCACACAGUACCACCGACCUGUUGCCUCCGGCAACCAACACACAUCUCCCAACAAUGAGCCAGACACUGAGCGUGACCCACAACAGCAAUCACAGGACUCCCUCAAGCCCCUCAAUGAGCGCCCCAGCAGUCUGAUAUCUGACAGCUCGGUGGAGCCCGUCCCCUCCCCCUCUGGCUCCUCCCCCUCCCCCUCCUCCACCCCCUCAAAUGAUGUCACCUCUUCUGGACCAAAUCUCACCACCACCACCUGCAUAGCCAACGAGCUGAAGGACUAUCCAGUCUAUCCAGAUCCCAGUCUGAAGGCGUUUGAAGGGGCUACCCUCCGCUAUGCUUCGCUUAAACUCAACCCUCCAGCCCAGUUAGAGACAGUGGACCUCAACAAUACUUUCCCCAACCCAGAGGCAAUGUCAUUUCCAGUGCGAUCUCUGGGCUGGGUGGAGAUGGCCGAGCAGGACCUGUGCGAGGGGAGAAGCAGUGUGGCCGUCCACCACUGUAUCAGACAGCUGUCCUACUGCAGGAGGGACAUACGAGACUCAGCCGGCGUCUGGGGAGAGGGUAAAGGGAUGCUGCUGGUGCUUCAAGACCGCAUGUUGACCCUGGUUGACCCAGAUGAUCGCAGCCUGCUCCACUCUCAGCCAAUCAGCAGCAUCCGAGUGUGGGGCGUCGGCCGAGACCACGACAGAGAAAGGGACUUUGCCUACGUGGCGAGAGACAAAAACACGCGGGUGCUGAAGUGCCACGUGUUCAGAUGUGAUACUCCUGCCGCAGCCAUCGCCACAAGUCUCCACGAAAUCUGCUCCAAGAUUAUGGCUGAAAGGAAAAGUGCCAAGGCUGCAGCUGGCAGCUCCUCCCAGACCGGCUCUGAUGUACCCCUACAAGAGUUUCCCAUGCCAAAGACUGAGUUGGUGCAGAAGUUUCAUGUGCUGUAUCUGGGUAUGACAUCUGUGACACGACCUAUAGGUAUGGACAUCAUAAACGGGGCCAUAGACAGCCUUGUGUCCUCCACAGGCAAAGAGGACUGGACUCCUGUCAUACUGAGUAUUGCAGACACCACUGUGGCUGUGAUCAAAGAAAAGGAAGAGGAUGAGGAGGUGUUGGUGGAGUGUCGUGUCCGUUUCUUGUCCUUCAUGGGCGUGGGACGAGAUGUGCACACAUUUGCCUUCAUCAUGGACACUGGAAACCAGCACUUCCAGUGUCAUGUGUUUUGGUGCGACCCCAACGCAGGCUGUGUGUCUGAGGCUGUGCAGGCAGCGUGUGUGCUGCGGUAUCAGAAGUGUCUGGUGGCAAGGCCGCCCUCCCAACGCGCUGGUUCCUCCUCCUCGCCCUCUGCGGACUCGGUGACCCGACGGGUGACCACUAGCGUGAAACGUGGCGUCCAGUCUCUCAUAGACACUCUGAAACCCAAGAAACAGCCAUCAGAACUACCCCAGCAAUGACCGUCACCAGUGACCACAGCACCACCCAGCCGACGCCUGGAACGCCACUCACACUAUCGCCACGACAACACCUAAUCAGUACCAGCCAUGGUAAACAAUGAUGUACAUAUAUGUUAACAAACACCACCGCAGAUGAAGGAACGAAGAGCAAUCCUCCAAAAUGCCUGAUGAUUAAAAAAAUAACAAGAAAACGUAUGUUUCAUGAGGAGGAAUGGAAAAGCUGCAGCGUGUUUGCUUCUGUCACUUGGUGUCACUGGUUGAACUUUGACCUUUGAACGCUACUUUGCCCAAGUGGAAACCACCUGCUGGCUUCACUGGCCCUUACUUUAUGUGGAUUUCUGGCCUAGAUGGAUUACUUGAUCAAGCGGUCCAUAGACAGGAUACAGGAUUACCCAGAAGAAAAAGAUCAAAUUUCUAUUUAGACUGGUUUGUGUAACCACUCAUUGGUUUACUCAGUUUUCUUUCACGCUCUGUCCCCUUCUGUAAAAUAUAUUCAUCAGCACAGAAAGAGCUCCUGGACUAGAUGGCAGAGAGGCUGAGCUACAGGAGCCUUCCUGACAGAAAAUGGGGUCUUCUUGCUGUCAAGGGAAUCUGACAGGUGAAUGAGCAAAACAACCAAGACCAGACAGACAAGACCUGUCAACACUCCAGCAGCCGACCAAAUGGCAUAAAAAUAUUUUGAUCCUUAAGAUGUGUGACAAACUUGAAACAGAAAGAAACUUAAAAUCCCCUCUGAGGAUGAAUGAAGUGAUUGUAAUAAUGAAGUGUAUGUAAAUGAUUGUAUGUAGGAAGAGAGAAUUUAGGGUACAAAUCUUGUAGAUAUGAGGGAGAGAUGAGCUGUUGGUGACAGAAAAUGCGACAGAUGUGGGUUUUGAUUUUGCAUGUUUUCUUCAUGGGAUAUGUUUUUUAUGUAGAUGAGUUAAGGGUCUUGGUAAGAAGAGUGGUGAACACACAAGAAACAGAUGCUCUCAGCACAAGUCAUCUCCACUUGACCAUGACUGGAUUUACACUGGCACAAAAAAAAAAAAAAAAAUCAGGCCUAUUUCUAACCUAUACUUAAAUAAAAGGUUACUCUCUGCCCCAUUAACACAAUUACUAUUACGUCAUUUAAUAUUUUUUACUCUCCAUUCCCUCAUAAAUGGCUUGUUCAGCAAAAGAAAGGUAACAGUUUUUAAUGUAUUUUGAAGCUUUAAAUUAGUUACGAGUGUAGGUUUUUGCAUUCAUUAGAGAAAAAAUGAGUUGGAAAGCUCAAGAAUGUCACAUUGCUUAUGUCCAAACUUUACAAUUUCCUCAGGAAUCUUUCUGCAUACACCUGAAGAUUUAUGUGCAGUAGUAGCAAGAAAUUCCAGAUCCAAUCUUUGACUACACAGUAGUGUUCGCCCUGCCUGAACAGCAUGGAAAAGAUCAAAUCUGUGCCAUAUAGUAAGGGUUAAAGCUGUAUUUUCUCUUCCUCAGUAAAUCCAGCCGGUCUACUCCCACUCACAAACAAACAUACACACACAAAUAUGCACAUACGGCGGGGAAAAAAGUCUGCUGUCACUGCUAUCAAAACCUUUACACUGCUCCUGUGGCUCGGGGCCACCACCUGCACUCGACAUGAACUCUGUGAAUGCAGUCAAAUCUUAGCGAAAAACACACUCCCACACACAAAACAAAUGAGAGAUGCUGUAAAUCAUUUCAGUUCUGUUCUUCACUCAUCUCUACACCAUGUAAAUGUAAUCUGUUGUGACAAUAAAUGCAUUAC